GCGAAGGAUCGCUGCUUUCGUCCAAUGGAGAAGGUCAUUUCUGCCAACGGGCAUCAACGAGCCAAUGUAAUUGGCUCAAAGGCGGAGAAUUGGGUGGGACCAAGCAUGCUGCGUCCCGCGCUGAUGAACCCGAUCACUUCCUCCAGUCAGCCUGCUCAGACUCAGACUCCAUCAGCCUGUAAUGAUCCGCACCGCGCGUGCAGGACAGCUGACACGACUCCGAAGAAGCGACCAGAUGCUCGUCCCCGCAAGGCAAUCAGUGGAAACUACAACAGGAUGGAUGCAGUUUGAGAGUUUGCUAAAGAUUGCAGAUCACUUUCAGAGAUCUCAGCCUUCGACAACAGGAAACGAGAGAAAGGGCGACGCUGACUGAACUGAAACCUGCGUCCAUGAAGCUUCAACCCCACCAGGCUGUCUGUGAACUGAGGAGAUGGAGAGCCCGUCGUCCACAGUGAGGCGGCGAGCCUGGAUCAACAGCAGCCGACAGCAGACCACUCUGGAGGAGUUGGACCCUGACGGACCGCUCUGCAACCUCCCCUCGGCCUCGAUAGCAGACGACGAUGUCUUUUCUGACGGAUGCUUCACAGGAAAGAUUGAGAACUGGCUCCUGGGUUGUGGGUCAAAGAAGAACGGUCAGCUGAGUUUUGAGUCUGUGAAACCCAGCAACUUUGACGAUGAGCUCAGUCUUGGUGCUGAUGCUACUUUGAUAAACGUUGGAGAGAGUACAUCUGAAGCUCGCAUCGGACAGCAUCCUUCCCCCAAAAAAGGUCCCAGCAGACUCACCAGUACCCCUCGUCAGCAACUAUGUCCACCAUCGCUGAACUUGGGCCAUAGCAUGGCCUCCAGCUGCCUCUCCUCCUCCACCAGUACAAGUACAUCAAGUGUAUCGGAGAUCCUGCAGUUGUGCUCGGAGGAUGCUGAGGAGACGCUGUACGAGCUGGGUUUCGGCCGUGAUGAGCCGCAGGUCACCGUUCGCAUCCCGCCGCGCUUCUUCACCUUCCCGUCUUUGUCUCAGGGCAUCAACUUCCGCCUCUUCCUUGACUCACAGCUACGGCGGAUACGAGAGGAAGACCACAGCCUCACUCUUGCUAGUCGUUUUAGACAAGUGCAAGUGCUCACAGCAAUGGCCAACGCUUUCUACUCCCUCUACUCUCAUGUGUCCCGCACUCCUCUUCAGAAACUGGCCCCACCAGAGUGUACCUUCUCCUCGUCUUCCGUGGAGAGGAUCGAACGCUUCAGGAGCAACAUCCGCAGCGAGCCACGUUCUCCUGUGGAGAGGCUGAAGGACACUGUCUCCAAGAUGUGUCUCUACACGGGUUCUCUUCGGGGGUCAGACUCCACCUCUCCACAGCCCUCGCCCGGAAAAAGGCCCAGCCUCCCUGAUGUUGUGUCUAUAGUCCUGGAGAAAGUCAAGACUGGGGCCACCAAGAAACUGGAUUUAGGGGUAAAUGAUAGUAAAUCAGCUGUGGAUGUGAGGCUGGUCACGGAUGAUGAUGAAUCUUGGCACAGUGGUAAAGAGGAGCAAACACAGCGGACCGCGGCGGACACAGACCUUCUUCAAAAUGGAAAUACGAUCCUUCAUAAGGAGAUGCAGGGCACUAAACAAACAGAUAAAGCUGAUGGCGAUGAAAAUGGCGUCAAACCAGGAGAGCUUGCCAGAAGGACUCGGCGUGAAGGAACAUCUCUAGCGUCAUCAUUGUCAGGAGAAACUGUGAUAGAAACAGAUCAUCAGUUCAUUUCAACUCAAAGUGACACAAUGACUGCUGAUCUGAAACCAGUUGCCAAGCUUACGUAUGAUCUAAUCUGCCCGCAGAUAGUGGAGCGUGUACACCAAGCGCUUUUCUGCUGUCGAGACACACAUGGUGCCAAAACAAACACCUCACCUCCUAUCUCCUCUGAGACUUGGAGCAUCGAUAGAUCAUGUCUUGGAUCACAUAAACCCGAUGUACAAACCGCUUUCUCUGAGUCUGAUGCCAGACAGCUGGGUGGAUCCAGGUCACUUCCUGUCCUGGCAUUCAAUGGUAGCAAUGCCCGGUGCUGCAUCACUGUGACUGGUUGGGAAGGGGACGACGUCUCUUCUACUGUCCCACCUGUCCAGUCGUUCAACGGGGGGAAAAGCCGGUACCUGAAUCCACAGACGCACCAGGGCCUCGGGCACAACUCAAAGAACCUGCAACAGGUUAACUCCUUUGAGCUGGAGGAGGUGCACAGUGCAGGUGAGGACGAUUUUGGACAAUUAGAGACUAUAAAAACAACAACCUGCCAGUUGUCCAAAGAACAUCAAUAUAAAGGUACAUUUAUAUUUUAUUAUUAUUUCUGUGAAUUCAAUGUUAUAUGAUCACAGGUCAUACAGUUUUUAGAAUCAGACCAGAAUUAGAAUCAGCUGUGUAAACAUACAAGGGACAAAGUUAAAGAUGAAUUUGACUAAUAGCAUUAUUUUUCUCUAAUUUGUCAUAGAUGGCGCGUUAAUAUUGUUAUUGUGUAAUCUUUUAAUCGUGUGGUGGAAAUGUGAUCUCAUGACAGCCCUAGUCACAACAAAAACAGCAUUCACAAAGUUCUAAAUGUGUGAAGAAAAGGGUGUUAACAGUCAACACCGUUAACAGUUUAUACACGGAUGUUUGCAGAAAUUUGUAUACAAAAUGUAUUGUUAAACUUGAGUAUUUUAAUUCAGGCCCACUGUAGCUCUCGUAACCAGGUCAGAAAUGAUGUGUGGACCUAAAUAGUUUAGACAAAUGUAUAUAGAAAAGGAUGCAUGCGUGAGCACCUGUGUACACAUCAUAGGAUGUAUGUUUAUUUUACACAAAAUGAAAUAAAUGCGUGAGCACGUGUUUACGUGUCAUAGGAUGAAUGCGUGAGCACAUGUUUACUCGUCAUAGGAUGAAUGCGUGAACACGUGUUUACUCGUCAUAGGAUGAAUGCAUGAGCACUGUGUUUACUCGUCAUAGGAUGAAUGCAUGAGCACGUGUUUACUCGUCAUAGGAUGAAUGCAUGAGCACGUGUUUACUCGUCAUAGGAUGAAUGCGUGAGCACGUGUUUACUCGUCAUAGGAUGAAUGCAUGAGCACGUGUUUACGUGUCAUAGGAUGAAUGCAUGAGCACGUGUUUACGCAUCAUAGGAUGUGCAUGAGCACGUGUUUACUCGUCAUAGGAUGUGCGUGAGCACGUGUUUACGCGUCAUAGGAUGAAUGCAUGAGCACGUGUUUACUCGUCAUAGGAUGAAUGCAUGAGCACGUGUUUACUCGUCAUAGGAUGAAUGCAUGAGCACGUGUUUACGUGUCAUAGGAUGAAUGCAUGAGCACGUGUUUACGUGUCAUAGGAUGAAUGCAUGAGCACGUGUUUACUCGUCAUAGGAUGUGCGUGAGCACGUGUUUACUCGUCAUAGGAUGAAUGCAUGAGCACGUGUUUACUCGUCAUAGGAUGAAUGCAUGAGCACGUGUUUACUCGUCAUAGGAUGAAUGCAUGAGCACGUGUUUACGUGUCAUAGGAUGAAUGCAUGAGCACGUGUUUACGUGUCAUAGGAUGAAUGCAUGAGCACGUGUUUACGCAUCAUAGGAUGUGCAUGAGCACGUGUUUACUCGUCAUAGGAUGUGCGUGAGCACGUGUUUACUCGUCAUAGGAUGAAUGCGUGAACACGUGUUUACUCGUCAUAGGAUGAAUGCAUGAGCACGUGUUUACUCGUCAUAGGAUGAAUGCAUGAGCACGUGUUUACGUGUCAUAGGAUGAAUGCAUGAGCACGUGUUUACUCGUCGUAGGAUGUGCGUGUGAGCACCCGUUUACACAACAUUAAAUAAAUGCGUGAGCAUGUGUUUACUCGUCAUAGGAUGAAUGCGUGAGCACGUGUUUACUCGUCAUAGGAUGAAUGCGUGAGCACGUGUUUACUCGUCAUAGGAUGUGCGUGAGCACGUUUACUCGUCAUAGGAUGAAUGCGUGAGCACGUGUUUACAGUGCAUGGAGUUGUUGCCUGAC